AUGGCGCCCAAAUCCAAACCCCGCGGCUCAUCCUCGCGGCCUCUGGCGCGCGACACCGCGCCAGUAACCAACGACCCCCGCUUCAGCGUAAUCCACAACGACCCGCGGUUCGCCCCUCCAAAGCGCCAGGACACCUCUGUCGCCCUCGACUCGCGCUUCAAGCGCGUGCUCAGCGAUCCCAAGUUCUCCUCCACCGCGCGCGUGGAUCGGUAUGGGCGCAAGCUGCCGAAACAGAAUGCCAAGGCGGAACUGUCGAGGUUUUAUAGGCUUGAGGAUGAGGAGGAGGAGGAGGAGGAGGAGGGGAAGGGGAAGGAGGGGGAAGGAAAGGAGGGGGAGGUGGAUGAGCAGGAGGAGGAGGGCGGCGUUAGGUUCGAUCCAGCGCGUGGUGAGGGUAUGGUCGAUACCUCGUCCAGCGAGAGCGAGAGCGACGACGACGAGGAUCUGGAAGUGCAGAUGGAGGAGGAUGUUGCUGCGGCGGCGAGGGCGGAGGUGCCGACUGGAGAAGUCAGCAAGCGCUUUGCGUGCGUCAACUUGGACUGGGAUAAUGUGCGCGCGGUGGAUCUCAUGAAGGCGUUUGCGAGCUUUACUCCCACCGGUGGAAGAGUCACAAGGGUUACGGUGUUUCCUUCGGAGUUUGGAAAGGAGCGGAUGGAGCGCGAGGAACUGGAAGGGCCGCCGAAGGAAAUUUUCCGGAACGACAAGCAGGCGGAAGUGUCCGACGAUGAUGAGGAGGUUACCGAGAAAAAUAUCGUCAAGGAGGAUAAGGGAGAGGAAUUUGAUAGUACCAAGUUACGGCAGUAUCAAUUAGAGCGGCUGCGGUAUUUUUAUGCAGUAGUCGAGUGCGAUUCUGAGCGUACGGCAAAACACAUCUACGACAACUGUGAUGGCGCCGAGUAUGAGGCCACGGCGAAUUUCUUUGACCUGCGAUUUAUCCCGGAUGAGACCACUUUCGAAGACGACAAACCACGCGAUGAGUGCUCGCAAGACCCGACCGAGUACACACCUGCCGAAUUCGUCACGGAUGCUCUCCAGCACUCCAAGGUCAAACUGACAUGGGACGAAGACGACCAACAGCGGAAACAAAUCGCAAAGAAGGCUUUCUCGCAGCGCGAUAUUGAGGAUAAUGAGCUCAAGGCGUACCUUGCGUCCUCCGACUCCGAGUCAGAAGAUUACGAGAGAGAGAGCAAGAAAGAAAAAUACCGGUCGUUACUAGGCGGCCUCACAUUCGGCGGCAAGGGCAAGAGCGAGCCGACUGGCGAGGUGGAGGUCACCUUUACAUCUGGACUCAAUGAGGACGACAAGGGCAAACCGGUGAUUGAGCUUCAGGAAACCACGAUCGAAGCCUACGCCAGGAAGGAGAAGGAGCGCAGAAAAGCGAGGAAGGAGAAGAUGAAAGCCGGUAGAGCAGGUGAGGACGGGGCUGCAGAGAAGCCGGCCGCUGCGCCUGCCGCCGAAGCAGAACCAGAUCAGGCUGCAGUGGACUUGGGCUUCAAUGAUCCAUUCUUCGACGAGCCUGAGCAGUCCAACGCCGCCCUCAAGAAGGCGCAGAAGCAGAAGCGUCGGGAAGAGAAGGAGAAGGAGGCAGCAGAGAAGGCGACCAAGCGCGCUGAGCUGGAGCUUCUCAUGGAGGAGGACGUACUUGGUCCUGACGGCAGAAAGCUCAGCCACUUUGACAUGAAGCAGAUUGUCAAGGCGGACAAGAUGAAGAAGGUCAAGAAGGCGAAGCACAGGAAGCCAUUAAAGGAGACUGAAGGUCUGCAAGAAGACUUCCAGAUGGACGUCAAGGACCCGCGUUUCAAGGCUGUAUUUGAGAGGCAUGCCUUCGCAAUCGAUCCUACCAAUCCUCGGUUCGUAAAGACAGACGGUACGAAGCAGUUGAUGGAGGAGAAGAGGAAGAGGGUUGCCAGCAACUCGGCGACAACGGAUGCCGCUGGUGCGCCACCAGACGAGGAUGGACGGGAGAGAAAACGGAAAAAGACUGCGAAGCCAGUAGCGAAGAAGGACGAGCUACAGAGUCUUGUUCGGAGUCUGAAGAAAAAGGCGAAGCAAGCUUGAUAGAUGAAUUGACUGGAUUUGUAUAAUACUUGGAUGUUUAUGUUGGAGUACGAAAAGCAAGCAUGGUUGGCGGGGUUUUAGAUCAUUGGGGUCAACGAAAAAUGUCAUCUGUGAAGCUUUCGGG